AUGCCUGAUUAUUUCUUUCAUGUUGUUAUCGAACUCUUUGCAGACUUCUCUUCACUCGUGAAACAGCCCGAGCAUUCUCAACCUCCGAACUUGACUCCCUUCUUCAAAGCCUUGAAACCGUUCACAAGUUCCUCCGCAAGACGCCGAUCUAGGGACCUCGCUACCGAUCACAAGAAGGCCUCCUCUGCGCUCCAAGUACGAUCCCAUCUGACGGCAACCCACGAAGACCUCCCUCUGCCAGUGCCUCAUUCCGAUCCCAACGACCACCGCCUCGACAGCAUCUACCUUGACAGCGCGGAUAUGUCAUCCCAAUCUGCAGGCACCGAGCUAUCGGGGGGCAAUGAAAACAUCAUCGGGAAAGGAAUUGGAACCGCGAUAUCGGGACGUCAUAUGAGGGCCAGGUUUGAAGCCUUGCAAAGUCAAGAAGGGUGGGGGAUUGUCCAUCUUUACCGGGAUACCGAAGAGACAACGGGACUGUACAAGGACUCCGCCUACCGAUCCAGCGAUCUUUGGAGCGACGCGAUUCGCAGUUCACCCCCCGGCAGAUCUCACCCACCUCCUAAAGACGAAGAAUGUACCACGUUAUGUAUCCUGGCCGUGCCAUCAUACAUGACACCCUCGGAUCUCCUUUCAUGGGUCGGUCAGGAGACAAGAAGCGAAGUGAGUCAUUUCAGGAUGGUCCGAACCGCACGGGCAAACCGAUACAUGGUCUUGAUGAAAUUCAAAAAUGGCAAAAAGGCAAGGGAAUGGCAGCAUGAAUGGAACGGCAAAGUCUUCAACAGUAUAGAGCCUGAAACAUGCCAUGUCGUUUUCUUGAAAUCAGUCGAGGUGCUUCAGACUCCCAGCAUGGAACCGAGUGGCGCAUUGACUUCACAAACCACAACCUAUCCACGUAUGACCAACGACCCUUUCAUCCCAACCUCCACGACUACCAAACCUCUUGCUCCCAGAACACCGUCGCUGGUCGAGUUACCGACAUGUCCCGUCUGCCUGGAGCGCAUGGACGAAACUACAGGCCUGCUGACCAUCCCUUGUCAGCAUGUGUUUCACUGUACAUGCCUCGAAAAGUGGUCAGGCGGCGGUUGUCCUGUCUGUAGGUACACUCACGACGACUUUUCAUCCUUUUUGGGCACCUACAAAUCCAAGAACAAGACCCCCGGCGAGACUGAGACCGACCACGGACCCCUGGAGUGCGAAGUCUGUCACGUGGAUACAAGUCUUUGGCAAUGUCUCAUCUGUGGCAAAGUCGGCUGUGGAAGGUAUGAAGGGAAACACGCAUAUGCGCAUUUUGAAGAAAGUGGCCAUACUUUCAGCAUGGACCUGGAAAGUAAACGAGUUUGGGACUAUGCGGGAGAUGCCUAUGUUCAUCGCAUCAUUCAGGAUGCCGCCAAACCAGGUGAGAAAUUGGUGGAACUUCCAGGCAGGGGACGCGAGCCUACUGCACUACAAGGACAGGAAGAUGUCGACUUUGUCAAGCGGCAGAAUGACGCCCUGGAAUAUACUCACCUGUUGACUAGCCAGCUGGAAAGCCAGAGGGUCUAUUUCGAAGAGGUCGUCGAAAGAGCUGUUGACAAAGCUGCCGAAGCGACCAAGAAGGCCGAGCGUGCCAUGGAAGAGAGUCGUCUCGCAACCGAAAGACUGCGGAGGCUGGAGAGAGAGCAUGAUAUUGUUGCCAAAGGCCGCGUGCCGGAACUGGAAAAGGAGAACGCCCGUCUGGAGAAGCGCAGUGCGAAGUUUGAAGAAAUGGCACGCACAUUCAAUGAAAAGUAUCAAGAAGAGAAGGCUCUCAGUGCCAGCCUUAUGGAAAGAGUCGAAUUCCUUGAAAAGACGCAAUUGACCCAACUUAAUGAAACCAUUCAACGGCUGGAAGAGGAAAAAGCAACCCAGGAGUUGUUGAUGGAAGGUCUCCGAGACGAACACCGCGAUGCUAUGAUGCAGAUAUCCGCACAGAAGAAGUUGCAGGAAAUGGUUGCCAACGGUGAACUGGACGCCGAAGACCUGGAAGGUGCCGUCAUCGAGGCUGGACCGGCGAAGAAAGUCCCUACCGCCAGGCGUCGGAGGGUGACGAACACAAAGCAGACUGGAUUGUCUGGCUCAACAUCCGCCCCAUCAACUCAACAGCCGCCAGCAACUUCCUCUACCUCCAUAGAGAAAACCCGUGACCGCACUGAAGGCGAAGACCUCCUCAACAGCAUCUUCGCCCAACUCUCACGCUCCCACGAUUGGGACGAACAGAAAGCGAAACAAAUCCUCGACGAGUGUCGAACCAAGAUGCUCGGUGAGGGUUUGCUUGUUCAGGCGCCGCCCGCGUCGGCCGAGACUGAAGGCAGUGAUGCUGAAGCAGUAGACGACGGCGGCAAUCAAGCUAAGCCGGCAAAUGUUGGCAAAAAGCGCAAGGGCAAGAAGAAGUCCAAGAAGUAA